AUGGUAGGCAUCGGAGGCGUGGAGCCUCCUGCUCCUAGGGGAAGAGCUGAAUUAGUAUUUGGUCCUGCUAGCGAACCUCUUCGCAUACUAGUUAGGGUAAAUGUCCUCGAUGACAUAGUAGGUUCUCUCCCUACCGUCCCCUUGAAUGACAGCGCUGUUCGUUGUGCGUCGGGAUUGAAACCGGCAGACCCGCAGUGGUACCAACCGGGCCCUAUCGAUUUGUUGCUGGGUGCUGACGCGCUGGGACUUAUUGCGUUGGGCGAGAUACGAGCCCUACAGCCCAAUGGGCUGUCGGCCCUGUCCACUGUAUUUGGGUACACCUUCUUUGGCCCGGUUCUAUGGUCUCCACCUUCUCAAACUGCCGAUGCGCUCUCUCUUGUAGGCGUGUCCCUCUCGGACGUAGUCCAGCGGUUCUGGGAAAUCGAGGAGCCGCCACACGCGGCUCGAGCCAACCCUCUUGACCGUGAGUGCGAGUUGUUCUAUCAGAACAAUACCGGCCGUCGUGUCGACGGUCGCUUUGUCACUCGUCUACCUUUUCUCAACCCACGGCCCUCUUUGGGCCAAUCUCGUACCCUGGCCGAAAAGAGGCUUCUGUCCAUGGAGCGCCGCAUGCGGCGCGACCCAGCCUUUCGCGACAAAUAUGUCGCCUUCAUGCGCGAAUACCAAGAGCUGGGUCACAUGUCCCCUUCCAACUUCGAUUGGCGCUCACAGGAGCACUACUUCCUCCCUCACCAUGCGGUCUUGCGGACCCCGGAGAGCAAAAUUCGCGUGGUAUUCGACGGCUCCGCCGCCACGUCCAAUGGCGUGUCCCUGAACCAAUGUCUCCACUCUGGCCCUAAACUGAUAAAGGACAUAUCCGACAUCUUGACCCACUUCCGUCGGCACCAGGUGGUCUUUGUAGCCGACAUUCGAAUGAUGUUCCGCCAAUCUGUGGUCCAUCGCGAUGACCGUCGAUACCAGCUCAUUUUGUGGCGCGAGAAUCCCAGCGACCCGAUACGGGUGUUUGAGCUGAACACUACCACUUAUGGACUCCGGUCCAGCCCGUAUAUCGCCAUGCGAACCCUACUUGAGCUCGCCGAGAGGGAGCGUCUACACUACGCUCGGGGGGCUUCUAUCCUGGAAACUUCUGUCUACAUGGACGACAUCUGCACUGGAGCCUCAUCUGUCGAGGAAGCUCUCGUAUUGCGGGACGAAUUGAUUGCCAUCCUGAAGUCCGGCGGUUAUGAGUUACGCAAAUGGCUAUCGAAUUCCCCUCAUCUUUUGAAAGAUCUACCGGGAGAGGAUCAACAGGAUCCUCAUCUUUUUGAGCACCCCGACAAUCCUAAUUUGCUGACUGUGCUGGGUAUCCAGUACCAGCCUGUCCAAGAUUCCUUCACGUAUCGAGUUGAACUCGAUCCCUCUCCUAAAACAUGGACCAAGCGUUCCGUACUGUCCACAGUAGCUCGCACCUUCGAUCCAAAUGGAUGGAUCACUCCGGUCAUUUUCUUGGCCAAAUGCUUUCUUCAAAAGCUCUGGCUAGCCGGGCUGGGCUGGGACGAGCCUCUUAAUGGUGCUCUCUUGCGAGAGUGGCUCUCUAUUGUGUCCUCCCUCCCGGACAUCAACCGAGUCUCAAUGCCAAGGUGCUUCCUUCCUCCAGGGAGAUGCCGGGCUACCCUGCAUGGAUUCUGCGACGCCUCUGAGAAGGGCUAUGCAGCUGUGGUGUACUUGCGGACUGUAAGCUCGUCUGGCCAGACCGCGGUCCAUCUCGUACUUGCCAAGAGCAAGGUUGCUCCCAUAAGGUCCCGCCUGACGAUCCCCAAAUUGGAGCUGUCCGGAGCCGCUCUUCUCACGCGACUUCUCAACCACGUCCACUCGUCUCUGAACUCCGUAAUCGACAUUACGGACGUCUAUGCUUGGUCGGACAGUGAGAUCGUACUUUGUUGGCUCAGAGCUUCCCCUCACAACCUGGAAGUUUUUGUCGCGAAUCGCGUGUCGCAAAUCCAGAACUCAGAGACGUCUCUAAACUGGAGACAUGUACCGGGGGAAUUAAACCCGGCAGACUGCGCUUCUCGCGGCUGCGAAGCCCCCUCUUUGAUCGACCACCCGCUGUGGUGGGAACCCAAUUGGUUGACUGAGUCUCCUUCAGUCUGGCCCCAAAAUAAAUUAUCUGAACCACUUGAAUUGCCUGGCCUACGAGCUCGAGUAGGAGUGGCCAAGGAUAAGCCCACUCAGGAUUUCUCCCUGCUAGAGCGCUACAGCUCCCUCGAUAAACUUUUAGGAGUGACUGCUUGGAUGCGUCGAUUCGUCCGCAAUUCGAGAGACCCAUCCACCCGAAUCUCUGAUUCGGUUUUGUCCCCUGGCGAGCGUCACGAAGCCUUAAUGUAUUGGACCCGUAUGGUUCAAUCCGAGCACUUUGAGCCCGUUAUUGAAACUCUAAGGCGGGGCUCCGUUGUCAAGGGCGCCUUGGGCCGUCUGAACCCCUUUCUGGACGACGCCGGGAUGUUGCGCGUGGGUGGACGUCUGAGAAAUUCCCAAUUGCCCUACGGGGCUCGACAUCCGUUAUUGCUCCCUAAAGAUGGCCCUUUUGUUCGGUUGUUGGUCACUUACCAUCACCUUAAGAAUGCUCACGCUGGCUGCAAUGCCCUUUCAGCCAUUUUGCAGCGGGAGUUUUGGAUUUUGGCAGGCCGACGCACCAUCCGGAGCGUCAUCUUUAAAUGUAUCCCGUGCUACAAACUGAAGGCCGCCAUUUCUCACCCUAUGAUGGGCGACUUGCCAGCCGAUCGCGUCACUGCCAUCCGACCAUUCGCUGGAGUCGGAACUGAUUUUGCUGGCCCUUUCCUAGUCAAGUCGUCCCACCUUCGUAACGCGCGAUCACAUAAAGCCUACCUGUGCGUGUUCGUAUGCCUCUCCACUAAGGCCGUUCAUCUGGAACUUGUAAGUGCCCUCAGCACUGAGGCCUUUGUGGCCACACUAAGCCGCUUUGUGUCUCGCCGUGGGGUCCCUGACCUGAUCCGAUCCGACUGCGGAACCAAUUAUAAGGGCACGGAUAGAUAUCUGAACGAAGUUGUGGACUUCCUGUCUAGCAACAAGACUUAUUUAGGUACUGAGAUGUCAAAGCGGGGCAUCCAGUGGAAGUUCGACCCUCCUGCCUGCCCGCACUGGGGCGGUAUUUUUGAGGCGGUAGUUAAAGUUGCAAAAACGCAUCUCCGUCGCGUUAUUGGCGAAACUAUUCUGACUUUUGAGGAGCUUGCUACUGUAUUCUGCAAGAUUGAGGCGGUACUCAACUCUCGGCCCCUUGGCCCCCUAUCGUCCGAUCCAAAUGAUUUGGAGGUCCUAACCCCUGGUCACUUCCUGAUUGGCCAGCCACUUAACGCCCUGCCUGAAUACCCGUUUAAGGACGUAAAGUCCUCGCGUCUUAGUAGAUUUGACCUGCUGCAACAGAUGACCCAGAGUUUUUGGCAUCGAUGGUCCCUGGAGUACCUACAUCUUUUGCAGCAGCGCGUUAAGUGGUCUGACAAGACGGACCCCCCUCAGGUUGGAGAUCUCGUGUUGGUCAAAGAACCCAACGCUCUGCCAUUGUACUGGCGCCGCGGUCGCAUCGUUAAGCUAUCAUAUGGAUCGGAUGGCGUGCCCAGGGUUGCCGAGGUCUUGGUCGGAGAUUCGGUCUUGCAACGCGCCGUCGCGACUCUGUCUCGUUUACCAAUUUGCUCGCGGACAUAA